CUAAAUCUUUCCUCAGCCGACGCCCGAGUUCCGGUUCCGGUUCUGGUUCUGAAACUCUUUUCUGAGUUUUGAGAGACAGAGUUUUGCGCUAAUCUGCCCAGUUAUACAGGAAAGAAAUAAUGAAGCGAUGUCUAACUAUCCCUAGAAAGAUUAAUCUGGAAGAGGAUAAGAUAAGUAAACUACCAGAUGAAGUCCUGGUGUCCAUUCUGUCUCUCCUAACAACGAAAGAAGCAGCAAGGACAAGCGUUGUUGCCCGUCGAUGGCUCAAACUAUGGACUUUUUGUCCUUCUUUGAAUUUUGGCAAUUUACAGAUCCUCUCUAUUUAUGGAGAAUCAAGAAUGGCUUCUGAGGAGGAAAAACAGAGAUAUGUUGAUUGUGUAAAUCGUGCCAUGGAGGCAUUUCAAGGAUCCACCAUAGACGACUUUCAAGUUCAUUUUGACUUGGAUUCAAAGUACAAAUGUGAUAUUGAUAGAUGGGUUGAUUUUGUGAUCCAAAAGGGUGUGAAGCGGCUUGCAAUAGACUUAUGUGUUUAUGCUGGCCGCACCUAUCCAGGUAAUGUUUACAAUUUCCCUCCGUUAUGUAACAGCAGUGCGCUCCAGAGGACUCUGCUUUUGCUAAGAGUUCUCAAGCUAAAGAAUGUGAAUGUAAGUGGAGCUGUUAUUGAAUACUUCAUAUCUGCUUGCACCUGCCUUGAAAAACUGACCAUCCGACGUUCAUCAUCUCAAGAUCUUGUCCAUCUAAAUGUUACUGGUGGUCAAUCACAUUGCUUGAAGAAAGUUAAGGUAUUUGACUGCCAGCAUUUGAAAAGAAUAUGUCUGUCCGCAACAAAUCUCUUGUCUUUCAAGUAUCGGGGUUGGAUAAUUGACAUCUCAUAUGCAAAUGUCCCCAAUCUAGUCCAAGUAUUCCUUGGAGGGCGUUAUCUAGAUUUUGGGGCCUACCUUCCUCAGCUUUCAAAAUAUGUGUUUCAGCUACAAACACUUACAUUAAAUGUGCCAGUACUUGAGGAUGAGGAAUAUAUGGGACCGCUGGCGAUUCCCGUUUUGACGAACCUGAAAAAUUUGACAUUGAGAGUUUUUGCAUAUAAUUCUGAAACUCUACGUGCUUUUACUUCCUUGAUGAAGGCAUUUCCUUCCUUGAAUAGACUUGCGGUACAGUUCACUAACAUGUUCGACCGUGUUAAAAGUAGGAGGGAGCGAACACUCCGCAAGUCUUCACUCCGAUGCCUCAAAGAAGUCGAACUUGUUGGGUUUGUGGGUCGGACUUUGGAAAUGGAAUUUGCCACAUUUUUGAUUGAGAAUGCUGUUAUGCUAGAAAAAAUUAUCAUUGAUCCUAUCCCUCAUCGUUUUGUUGGUUCCCGGGCUGCUUACUUGAAGAAGAGGAUGCAGACUAGUAGGGAGUGUGCCAUGCGCCUGGGAUCUAAAUUCUCUCUCGGAGACAAAUUAGUGCUCCGCAAUUUGAGUUCAAUUUAGCUAUCAUUUUUAUGUAGCAGCAGUUGGUGCUGCUGAUAUUUAUUAUUCUAUAUCAGACUUUUUUUUUCUAAAAAAAAAAAA